GCGACGUCUCUGGCCGUUCUAACUUAACUCCCUCUCUUGACUCUGCCGAUUUACUUGCUAUCUUGUCUUGCACGAUGCCUCAUAAAGGCAGCCAAAGUCCUGAUUACUCCUACACCGGGAGUGGCACCAAUAGUAGUGGAAACCACUGGUGCUCUCGUGAUUAUGGUACUUCUGGUACGGGGUACCACUACUCCAACAGCGAUAGUAGUUACUACUACAGCAACCCUAAUGGAUCCACCUACUUCAAUAGCGGAGAUGACUACUCCAAGUACACUUCCCCCAGCGGUGAUGUGUACGAGUCUCCUGGUUCCUCCAAGUAAGGAUAAUUAUGUACAUAGUACUACAUGCAGCAAAUGAUAAGAUAACGUUGACC